AUGUCUUCAGAUACUGGUAUUGAGGACUCCUUGUUGCAAGGUCCCUCACAGAGUCAUAAUGAAAGAUCAAAAUCUGCAGGACCUCGCGUGCGUUUUGACCUGCCCCAGUCUCCCGGAACCAAACCCUCCAAGACCAGACGCGCAGUUACUCUUUACGAUUCAGUUGCCGGGCGCGUCAAUGUCAAUGGAUUCAACCCAUCGAAUCCUUAUGCCUCGAAGUACCGUGAUACACAGUCCUCAGGGGCUCGCGACCUUCGCCCUGAGGAAAUCCUGUACCGACCAGCCAGAUCGAAGUCAUCAAAGGCAGCGAAGAAGAACAAGGAACAUGAGUCCUACUUUGCCCAUGAAAAACUACCAGCCGACCGCCCACUUCCGCCCUCAGAGCUUUUAACUGCCAUUCAUUCCUACUCGUCGGACUUUUAUACACAGUUGCGCAAAAAUGGAAAACACAAUUUCCACAGCAUGGACGAGUCAGCUUUACUUGCUGUCGGGAUCCUAAUGGAGGAGUUGGCCAAAGAGCAGCUUGGCGAAACUGGAGACUUGGCUCUCACGGAGGAACCAUGGACCAGUGAAGAUGAAGAUAAAGAUAAAGAUAAAGAUGAGGGCGUGACAAGUGAUACUUCAGCCGGCACUCAAACUUCAUCGAAUAAGAGAUCCAGAGCCAACACCAUUGAGGGUCCCGUCAGCUUAUUCCACCACAUGCAAGGCGCACGGAAGAAGUUCAAGCGGAACCGAUUGACCAACGCGGAAUACGCAGCUAUUCGAAAGCAGAAAGAGGCACAAGAAGAGUCUCCAAAGAAGAAGCAGAAGAAAAAGUGA